AGGCAAAUCGAUGGAAUCGCACCUACGUUUUCGAAAAAACCAACCAUCCGGCAAGAAGAAGAUGGAAAACGAUUAUUAUUUGAAUGCCGUAUCCAAGCGGACCCCCGUCCUUCCGUCGUCUGGUCACACAGUGGGGUUGAAGUGAAAGACGAUGCAAGGCACAAGCUGCGAGUGGAGAGCGAUGGUCACUCAUAUUUUGCAACUUUAGAAAUAGAAAACGUAACCGUUGAAGAUGCUGGAAAGUACAAAGUCAUGGCGAAAAAUGAGCUCGGGGAAAGUAAUGCGACGAUUAGCCUUAAUUUCGACAGUGAUGAAGCUCCAGUUCCUGAAAGUGGUAUCAAACCAACCUUCACAGAGAAACCUGUGAUAAGACAAACUGAUGAAGGAGGUGACAUCACGAUUGAAUGCCGUCUUGUUGGUGAACCAAAACCAAAUGUUACUUGGUAUCAUGGUACUAAAAUAAUCAAGGAAUGUCUGCAUACUCAAUUCCAUCUUGAACUUGAUCAAAAAUUGUAUUAUCUAGCUAGACUACUGAUAAAAUCCCCAGAUAUGGCAGAUAUUGGGGUUUAUAAAGUCACUGCAAUGAAUAAAUUGGGUGAAGCAACAGCAUCUGUUAAUUUAAAUUUUGAAAGUGCAGAAAAAAUAAAAAUCGUAGAUGCUAAAUCUCCAAGGUUCCCAAAGAAACCAACAAUUCAUCAAGAUGGAGAUGUUCUUGUGAUGGAAUGCCUUUUGGAAGCUAAUCCAGUUCCUGACAUUAUUUGGUAUCAAGGAGAAAAAGUUAUUUUAGACUCGAGCCGCAUUAGAAUGAGCAAAAAGGCUACAGGAAAAGAUCAGUAUCUCCUCAAAUUGGAAAUAUCAAAACCAACACCACAAGAUGGUGGAAAUUAUAGGUGUAAUGCCUGUAACAUUUAUGGCGAGAGUAAUGCAAAUAUAGCAUUGAAUUUUCAAGGUGGAGAAGAUGGAGCUGGCUUUGCUCCUUCAUUUAUUGAAAAACCAAGAAUUAUACCAAAUGAAGCUGGAACACUAAUAUCAAUGAAAUGUACGUGCACAGCUAAGCCUAAACCUUCAGUUACAUGGAUCAAAGGAACUAAGAACAUUAAUGAAAGUGAAAGGUUUAAGAUAAAAAUUCAAGAAACCAAAGAAGAUACCUAUGUGAUUAUAUUAGAAAUUCAGGAUCCUAUUGGACCAGACAGUGGUACAUAUAGAUGUCAUGUAAAGAAUGAAUAUGGUGAAAGCAAUGCCAACCUUAACUUGAACAUUGAAGCUGAGACAGAACCUGAAGGGAUAGCGCCUACCUUCAUUGAAAAACCUAAAAUUCGGUCUGAAAGUGGAGGAAAAUUAGUGGUUAUGGAUUUUAAAGUCAAAGCAGAUCCAAAACCAGAAAUUGUUUGGUAUCACGAAGGGAAACUACUUAAAGAAACCUCAAGGCUUUCUUGGAGUAUACAACAAAAAGAUGACUCAUAUUAUAUUAGAUUAGAAUUAAAGGAUCCUGGAAUUCAAGAUUCUGGUAUUUACAAAUGUAAUAUAAAGAAUGUUUGUGGAGAACUGAAUGCCAAUCUGACUCUCAACAUUGAAAUCAUUCCAGUAAUAAAAGAAGUGCCAAAGACUGUUACUAUUACUAAGACUAAUACUGUUGUUAUUGAAGCGAAAGUUCAAUCAGUAUUUGAACCUAAAUGUACUUGGUUCAAAGGAGCUUCUAAGAUAAAAGAAGAUUCUAAACAUAAAGUUGAAAUACGUCAUGUGAAAGAAGGUGAAUAUGCAAUCAAAUUAGAAAUAAAUCCAUGUACACCUAAUGACAAAGGAGCCUAUAAACUAGUAGCUAGAAAUGAGAAAGGAGAAGCAACAUCAAGUAUUAUAGAUGUUAUAUUACCACCAACAAUUGAAGCUCCAGUUAUUUCUCAAGGACUGACUGAUGUGACUGCAGUAGAAGGACAAUCGAUGAAACUGACUUGUAAAUUCGCGUCUAUUGAUAAAACUCUCAAAAUAAUUUGGACAAGAAACAACAAGACUAUCACUACCACAGAAAAUGUUGAUAUAAGAUUUGAUGGCCAAAUUGCCAUUCUCAGUAUCACUAACUGUACCAAUGAGCACGACGGUACAUAUAAAAUCAUAGCAUCAAAUUCUGGAGGAACAUCAGAAUCAAUUGCCAAAGUAACUAUAACAGGUAACCAAGCACAGAAAGAUGAAGAGAAAAAAGAAAAAGUAGAGAAAAAGAAGAAGGUUGAAGAGAAAAAAGAGGACAAAAAAGAGGAGAGCAAGGAAGAAAAACUAAUAAAUGAAAGAAAGGAAGAGAAGAAACUAGAUGAAAAGAAAGAAACAGAUACAAAGGUGAUAAAACAGGAACAAAUGGCUCAACAAAUUGAAGAAAGGCGUAGAUCUGUUGUUCAGGAAGAAUUUAAACAAGUUAGUGAAAGGAAGCAGUCCAUUAAGGAAGAAGUUAAACAAGUUAGUGAAAGAAAGCAGUCCAUUAAGGAAGAAAUUAAACAAGUUAGUGAAAGAAAACAAUCCAUUAAGGAAGAAACAAAGCAAGUUAUUGAAAGAAAGCAAUCUUUAAAGGAAGCAAAAUCAGAAGUCAACGAAAGGAAAAUGUCUGUCACUAAGAAGGAAGUUCAAGGAAUAAAAGAACAAGUGAUGCUAAAGCCUGUUGCUAAGAAAGAAAAAAAUACUGCUGAAAUUAAAGAAGAAAGGAAAACAUCAUUGACUGCCAAGAAAGGAACGAUUCAAGAAGUAGAAGAAAAGAAAGAUGAAAAAUUAUCUCUCAAACCAGUUACUAAGAAAAAAGCAGCACCUCCUGAAGCUAAAGAAGAAAAAGAACUUUCAAUAAAUGCUAAGAAAGAAGAAACUGUAGAAAUCAAAGAUGAAAGAAAACUAUCAAUAACUCCUAAGAAGGGGAUAAUAAAAGAACCUGAAGAAAAGAAAGAAGAAAAAAUUUCUCUUAAACCCACACCCAAGAAAGAAAAAGAAACACCAAAGAAAGAAGAAGUGUCUCUUCAGCCUGUUAAGGAUGAACCGAAAGAGCAAACUGAACCAUUGAAGAAAUCAAGAACACCUUCAAUCAAAGCUCCUGAAACUCCUAAAAUUGAAGUUAUUAGGGAAAAAACACCUGUUGGAGAUAGUCGUAAAAGUUCACUUGUUCCUGGUUCUGGGCAGUCAAGUCGCCGUGGAUCACUUAUUCCACCUGAUGAUGGAAAAGGAAGGAGGCCUAGUCUCAUCAUCAGUGAUGAGGUUGGAAAACUACGUCCUGGUGAGGUCUUUGACCCUAAGCGAAGAAGACCAAGUGCAGAUAUGAGGAGGCCAAGUGUAGCAGAACUAGAAGACUUGAUUAAUAAAUCUUCAACCCCUCUUAAAAAUAUUGGGUCUCCUGGACCACCUGCCAUCGUAGAUGUUCAAGAAAGUUAUUCAGCUGUAGAAGAUCAAACUGGUUAUAUUACUGUUGGUGUCGAAGGUAAUCCUGCACCCACAUUUAAAUUUUAUAAGGGCAUGACAGAAAUCAUAGAGGGUGGUAGAUUCAAGUUCUUGACUGAUGGAGAUACUAACACCAUCACAUUAUGUAUGCGAAAAGUGAAACCAAAUGAUGAAGGGAAGUAUAAAAUUGUGAUUAGCAACAUACACGGUGAAGACUCAGCUGAAAUGCAGCUUUAUGUGUCAGAUGCUAGUGGCAUGGACUUCAGAGCAAUGUUAAAAAAGAGAAAAUAUGCGAAGUGGGGAAAAGACAAAGAAGAUCCUGACUGGGGUGAUCUUAAAGAAACAGAAAAACAGGUCCCCCAACUAAAAAAAGUAGAAAGGAAACAGGACUCAUUCCUCAAACCUUUAGUUGAUCAAUAUGCCAAAGAAGGAAAAGACAAAAAAGUGACAUUUGAAGCUGUUUUUUCGAAACCUAACAGUAAACCAAAGUGGUUUUUUAGAAAAGAUGAACUAUUUCCUGGCUCAAGAUAUAAAUUUAAAAAUGAAGGUGACACCUAUCAGUUAAUUAUAUCAAAUCCAAAGGUGGAUGAUACUGGAAAAUAUACUAUUGAAAUUGGAGGAAUACAGUGUACUGGAUUUUUGAAUGUUGAUGAACCUGAUCCAAACUAUACAUUUAUAAGACAAUUAAUGAAGAAAACAGAAGGUUAUACUAGGCAUGAAACAUUAAUGGAAUGUACAGUCAGCAAUGGUAUGGCUUUGGUUUCAUGGUUUAAAGGAAACACAAAAAUCACAGAUGGUGAUAAAUAUGCUAUAUCAAAAGAUAUGCAAGGAGUAUGCAGACUAUCUAUAAGAUUCUCAGAACUUCAAGAUAGUGGUGAAUAUAUGUGUAAAAUUGACAAACAAGAAGAUAAAACUGUAACUACAGUUGAGAUUAAAGAGUACCCAUACAAAUUUACUAAAGUCUUAAAAAGCCAAAAAUUAACUGAAAAAGAUACAAUAACAUUGGUUUGUGAAAUUGAUGAUGAACUAGGAGAUGUAGUAUGGACAAAAAAUGGUGAAGAAAUUAAACCUGAUAAGAGGAUUUCUAUCACUAAAGAUGGAAGGAAAAGGAAAUUGAUCAUAAAAGAUGCUAAAGUUACGGAUGCAGGACAAUUUGCGUGUUCAACAAAUGCAGAUAAAACUGAAGCUGAAAUUGUUGUUCAAUAUCAAAAUCGUUUUAACAAGAAAUUGAAAGAUAUUACUGGCAUUGAGAGAGAAAAGAUUGUUUUAGAUGUUGAACUUCAAGAUCAAACGGCAGGUCUGGAGUGGUUUUUCAAUGGAAAGAAAAUUGAACCUUCAGAAAGAAUUGAGAUUAAGAAUCUUGGUGGAGGAAAACAUCAGUUGAUAUUUAAUAAACUUGAAAUAUCCGAUGAAGGAGAAAUUUCCUGUUCAUCUGGUGAACUAACAUCAUCUUGUAAACUUGUAGUGAAGAAAGGAGAAUUGAAACCAGUAAUUCAUUUUGGAGAUACUGUUGAUGCACCAGUAACUAAACCUAUUAUAAUAGAUGUGCCAUAUACAGUUGAAGGUACUAGACAGACCCCUGUUGAAGCUAAGUUGAUAAAAGAUGGAAAACCUCUACCUUUAAAGGAAGUCGAAGUUACUGUAACUGAUGAAAAAGCAGUCUUUACUAUUAAGAAACCAUUACGUAGUUUAUCUGGAAAAUAUGAAAUCAAAAUUUCUAAUGGCCAAGGAGAAGAUUCAAAAAAUAUUAAUAUCAACAUGCAAGAUGCCCCCACUGCUCCUUCAGAUGUGGAUGUGACUGAUGUAUUUCAGUCAAGCUGUAAAGUUUCUUGGAAACGUCCAUCAGAUGAUGGAGGCUCUCCCAUAAUAAAGUAUAUAAUUGAGCGACAAGAUCUUGCUGUCAAAGGAGGUUGGCGCAAUGUUGCUGAAGUGCCUUUUGAAGAUGGCACAACAUACAACUGUACAGACCUUGUUCAUAAGAGGGAGUAUAAAUUCCGAGUCCAAGCUCUUAAUAAAGUUGGGGCAUCUGAAUAUGGACAUUGUUCCAAAACUGUGUUAGCAAAAGAUCCGUGGGAUGAACCAAGUAAGCCAAAGAAUGUUGAAGUUGUAGAUUGGGAUAAAGAUCAUGCUGAUUUGAAGUGGGAAAAACCAGACAGUGAUGGUGGGGCACCCAUUUCUGGAUAUAUAAUUGAGUAUAAGGAAAAAUUUGGAAAAGAUUGGGUUGAAGGCAAAGUUAUUGAUGGUGAUGUUACCUCUAGUACAAUUGAUGGAUUAAAAGAAGGGACUCAAUAUGAAUUCAGAAUCAGAGCUGUAAAUAAAGCAGGACCUGGUGAACCUAGUUCUUCAACAAAGCCCAUAAUCGCUAAAUGCAGAUUUGUGAAACCUUUCAUUAUUGGAGAAGGCUUAGUUAAUCUAGUUGUGAAAAAAACACAAGUGAUUAAAUAUGAUAUCAAAUAUGGAGGAGAGCCACCACCAGAAGUGAAAUGGACUUUAAACGGAAAAGAAAUAGUCGAUGAUAAUGACAAGAUCACCAUUGAUAAAUAUGAAAUGAAUACUGUUUUGACUGUCAGACGAGCUGUAAGAAAUGACAGUGGAAAGUAUAAAUUGACAUUAACCAACAGUUCUGGUACUUGUGAAAGUGUGGCUGAUGUUGUUGUUUUGGAUAAACCAUCUAAACCAACUGGGCCAUUGGAACCUAUUGAAGUUCGUGCAAACCAUAUUAAAGUAGAAUGGAAAAAACCAAAAGACAAUGGUGGAUCUGAAAUAACAGGUUAUGUUAUAGAAAAAAUGGAUUUAGAAACUGGAAGAUGGGUACCUGCCGGAGAGGUUGGGCCACAAAGUCCUGCUUCUUUCACAGUUACUGGCUUAACUCCCAAAAAGAAAUACAAAAUAAGAGUAAAAGCUGUGAAUAAAGAGGGAGAAUCGGAGCCACUGGAAACAUCAGAUGCAAUAUUGGCAAAGAAUCCUUAUGAUGAACCUGGAAAACCAGGAAAGCCAGACAUCAUAGAUUAUGACAAUAAAAGUGUAUGUCUCAAAUGGACCAAACCGGAAUCCGAUGGUGGACGUCCUAUUACCUCAUACACUGUGGAAAUGAAAGACAAAUUUGCUGUAGAAUGGGUUGAAGUUGUGAAUACUGGAAAUGCUGAAUGUGAAGGAAAAGUUGAAGGCCUUAAAGAAAACAUGAUUUAUCAGUUUAGAGUAAGAGCACAUAACAAAGCAGGAGCAAGUGAACCUAGUGAGCCAACAGCUAAUCAUUUAUGUAAACACCGACAUUUACGACCGAGAAUCGAUAGAGAAGGAAUGCUUAGUGUGACCAUAAAGGCUGGUAGAACAUAUAAAUGGACAGUAGAUGUCAGUGGAGAACCACCACCAACUCUAACAUGGAGCUGGAGGGAUAAUAUUCCUUUAGUAACUACUGAAAGAAUAAAAAUUGAAAAUGUUGAUUAUCAAACAGUAUUUACAAUAAUAAAUGCAGUAAGAAAAGAUACUGGAAAAUACACCCUUUUAGCAGUUAAUGAAUCUGGAAAAGAUGAAGCGAGUUUAGAACUUACUGUCCUAGGUAAACCCAGCAAACCAGAAGGUCCAUUAGAAGUAUCCAAUGUAACCAAAACAGGCUGCAAGGUUCAAUGGAAGAAACCUAAUGAUGAUGGUGGCAGUCCUAUUAGGGAAUAUGAAGUAGAAAAACUGGAUCUUGCAACUGGGAAAUGGACAAGAGUCGGAAAAGUUCCUGGUGACAAAGAAGAACUUAACAUUACUGGACUGGAACCUGGCGCUGAAUAUAAGUUUCGAGUUACGGCUGUUAAUGAUGAAGGAGACUCAGAGCCUUUAAUUACAGAUAAAUCUAUCAUAGCUAAAAAUCCAUUUGAUGAACCUAGUAAACCAGGCAAACCAGAAAUAACUGAUUAUGACAAUGAAAGUGUAACACUUAAAUGGACAGCACCUAAAAGUGAUGGUGGAGCUCCAAUAGAGAAGUAUAUAGUAGAGAAGAAAGACAGGUUUAAACCAGAUUGGGAAUUUGCUGCUGAAUUUCCUGGUGAUGUCAUUACAGGGAAAGUUGGUGAUCUUAAAGAACAAGCUGAGUUUCAGUUUAGAGUUGUUGCUGUAAAUAAAGCAGGACCAUCAGAACCCUCAGAUAACACAGAUUUACAUAAAGUUAAACAUAAAGCAUUGAAACCUCGAAUUGAUAGGACAAAUUUGAAAAAUAUUGUACUAAGAGCUGGUAAAAUGGUAAAAUAUGAUGUUAAUAUUCGUGGAGAACCACCACCUGAUGUAAAAUGGAUAUUUUCCAACAAACAGGUACUAAAUACACACAACACAGAAGUGGUGAACAUCCCAUAUAAUUCAAAACUUACUCUUACGGAUGUUGUAAGAAAACAAACAGGAAUAUACAGAAUUAUUGCUGAAAAUCAGCAUGGAAAGGAUGAAGCAGAAGUUGAAGUAACAGUAUUAGGUACACCAUCUAAACCUCAAGGGCCACUAAAAGUAAGUGAUGUAACUGCAAGUGGCUGUAAAUUAAAGUGGGAAAAACCAGAAGAUGAUGGUGGCAAACCUGUUACAGCAUAUGCAGUUGAAAAACUUGACUUGGCUACAGGAAGAUGGGUUCCUGUAGGCAGAACAACUGAUACUGAACUGGAUGUAAAGGGUCUUCAGGAAGGACAUGCUUAUCAGUUCCGUGUAAAAGCAAUUAAUGAUGAAGGUGAAAGUGAACCACUGGAGAGUGAAAGUGCAACAGUUGCUAAAAAUCCAUAUGAUGUUGCAUCCAAACCUGGAACUCCUGAAGCAGUAGACUGGGAUUCUGACCGUGUUAAACUGAAAUGGGAUGCCCCUAAAUCUAAUGGUGGAGCUCCUAUAACUGGUUACAUAAUUGAACAGAAAGAAAAAUUAUCUGGUAAUUGGGAAGAGGUUUUGACAACCACAACCCCUAUUUGUGAAGCAACUGUUACGGGACUUAAAGAAGGUAAUCAGUAUCAGUUUCGAGUUGCAGCAAUCAAUAAAGCUGGACCAUCUGAUGUUAGUGAUGCUUCUAAACUUGUUACAGCAAAACCAAAGAACUUAAAACCAUGUAUAAAUAGAGAGAAAUUACAUAAGAUAACAGUAAGAAAUGGUCAAAUGGUGAAACUUGAUGUAGAUGUUAAAGGUGAACCUCCUCCACAAAUUAAAUGGUUCUUUAAAUCAAAAGAACUUGAGAAUGAUUUACGUUUGAAAAUAGAAAAUGAAGAUUAUAAUACAAAAUUUGUAUUGAGAGAUACAUCACGAUCUGAUUCUGGAAAAUAUAUUAUUACUGCUGAAAAUGUGAAUGGGAAAGAUGAAGCAGAUGUUGAAAUCAACAUACUAGACAAACCAUCAGCACCCGAAGGACCAUUGGAAGUAACUGAUGUCCAUAAAGAAGGAUGUAAAUUAUCUUGGAAACCACCAAAGGAUGAUGGUGGUCUUCCUUUAACAGGUUUUGCUAUAGAGAAAAUGGAUGUAUCCACAGGACGAUGGGUUCCUGCAGGUUUUGUUGAGCCUAAUGUAACAGAACAUGAAAUUACUGGCCUUGAACCUGGGAAGAAAUACCACUUUCGAGUAGCAGCUAUUAAUGAGGAAGGAGAAUCUCCCCCUCUUGAAACUGAUACUGCAAUCAUAGCAAAGAACCCUUAUGAUGUUGCAUCCGCUCCUGGAUUGCCUGAAAUCAUAGAUUAUGAUGAAAACAUGGUUGAAUUAAAGUGGGAUCCUCCUAUAAGAGAUGGAGGGGCUCCAAUUACUGGUUAUGUGAUUGAGUAUAAAGCAAAAGAUGAUCCAAAAUUCAUAAAAGCUGUAGAGAUACAUGGAGAUAUUAGAAAGGGGAAAGUACCAAAGUUAGAAGAAGGAAAUCAGUACCAAUUUAGAGUUCGAGCCAUUAACAAAGCAGGUGUUGGAGAGCCAAGUGAAGCAACCAAUCCCCAUACAGCAAGAGCCAGAUUCGUUAAACCUCGAAUAGAUAGAACUAAUCUUGAAAAUCUUGUCUUCAAAGUUGGACAGACUAUAUCUAUUGAUGUAAAUGUAAUUGGUGAACCACCUCCAACCAUCACGUGGCAUUUCAAAGAUCAGGAAUUGUCAAAUAAUGAUGAACUAAGAAUUGACAAUGUUGAUAACAAUACCAAACUGUUGAUAAUGAAAGCAAAGCGUGCUAAUGGUGGAGAUUAUACCAUUAAAGCGGUAAACUCAGUUGGUUCUGAUGAAGCAAUAUUUAGCAUUUCCAUAUUAGGUAAACCAAGCAAGCCUGAAGGCCCGCUAAAAGUUAGUGAUGUUACCAAAAAUGGAUGCAAAUUGAGCUGGAAACCUCCUGAGGAUGAUGGUGGUGCUCCAGUUGAAUAUUAUGAAAUUGAAAAACUAGAUCCUCUUAGUGGCCAAUGGAUACCUUGUGGAAGAUCAAAUGGUCCUGAAGCAACUGUAACAGGGUUACAAGAGGGAAAGCCUUAUAAAUUCAGAGUAAAGGCUGUAAAUAAGGAAGGCGAAUCACCUGAACUUGAAACAGAAAAAGCAAUCAUUGCUAAAAAUCCUUUCGACGUUCCUGGAAAACCAGGACGGCCUAUGUUAAGGAAUUGGGACAAAGAUUUUGUUGAUUUGGAAUGGACACAACCAGAUGAUGAUGGUGGUGCUCCUAUUUCAAAAUAUAUAAUACAAAUGAGAGACAAAGAUGAAAGGAAUUGGGUUGAUGCAUUGACAGUGCCUGGAGAAAGAACUGCUGGCAAAGUCACAAGUGUAGUUGAAGGACAUGAGUAUGAAUUCCGUGUGGUAGCUGUAAAUAAAGCAGGUCCAGGACCACACAGUGAUACAUCAGAUUCAGUAAUAGCAAAACCUCGUUUCUUGCAACCCUACAUUGACCGCAAAAAUUUACAAAAGAAAGUAAUAACAUCUGGACAAACAUUAAAAUUUUUUGCUGACAUUAAAGGUGAACCUCCACCAAAAGUUACUUGGACAUUGCAAGGAGAUACCCUUAACAAUGACAGAAUAUCAAUUGAAAAUGAAGAUUAUAAGACUACAUUUACACUCAUAAAAGCUAAAAGAAAAGAUCGUGGGACAUAUACAGUUACCGCUAUAAAUGACUCUGGAAAAGAUACUGUUGAUGUUGAAAUAAAUGUACUGAGUCCUCCUAGUAAACCAAAGGGGCCUCUGGUGGUCGAUGACAUAACUGCUGAAGGUUGCCAUCUUUCUUGGCAAAAACCUGAAGAUGAUGGAGGUGAACCUGUUGAUCACUACCUCAUUGAAAGAAUGGAUCUGGAAACUGGGCGUUGGGUUCCUGUUGCAACUGCUAAAGGAACUGAAGCAGAUAUAUCUGGUUUGCACGAAGGAAAAGAAUAUCAAUUCAGAGUAAAAGCUGUCAAUUCGGAAGGUGAAUCAGAACCUUUGGAAACAGUAACACCAAUCAUCGCUAAAAAUCCAUAUUCUGAACCAGACAGACCUGGAAAACCAUUUGCUAAAGACUGGGAUAAAAAUAGUUGCUAUUUGAAGUGGCAAGCACCUGCUUCUGAUGGUGGUGCUCAGAUAACAUCAUACAUUGUUGAGAAAAAGGAUCAGUAUAGUUCUAAGUGGCAAAAGGCUGUAGAAUUGAUUGGAAGCAAAUGUGAAGGUAGAAUUCCUGAUUUGAUGGAGGGAAUGAAAUAUACUUUCCGUGUUACUGCUGUUAAUAAAGGUGGUCAGAGUAAACCUAGUGAACCUAGUGAUCCUGUUUUAAUAAAAGAUAGAUAUGUUCCACCAAGGAUUGAUAGGAGUACAUUGAAAGAUUUGACUGUGAAAGCAGGACAUAAUGUGAAAAUUGAUGUAAAAGUCUCAGGAGAACCACCACCAAAAAAAUCUUGGUUCCAAAAUAAAGCCCGUUUAAUAACUGAGGGCAAUGUUGUGAUUGAGGAUGAUGAUUACCGAACUAAAAUAACCAUAUCCUCCAUAACAAGGAAACAGACAGGAACUUACAUCAUAAAGGCAGAAAAUGACUCUGGGAAAGAUGAAGCAUCAAUUGAAAUCACUGUGAUAGAUGUUCCAAGUGCUCCAGAAGGCCCUCUAAAAAUAUCAGAUAUUCAUAAGGAAGGUUGUACACUAAAAUGGAAACCACCAGAAGAUGAUGGGGGCUCUCCUAUUGAAUAUUUUCAAGUUGAAAAGCUCGAUACUGAGACAGGUCGUUGGAUGCCAGCUGGUAAAACAAAGGAUAGUAAACUGGAUUUGGAAAAUCUUGUGCCUGGUCAUGAAUAUAAAUUCAGAGUAAUGGCUGUUAAUGCAGAAGGAGAAUCUUUACCUUUAGAGGCUGCUGAAUCUAUAAUUGCUAAAAAUCCAUUUGAUGAACCUGGUGCACCAUCAGCUCCAGAAAUAGUUGACUGGGACAAAGAUUUUGUUGACUUAAAAUGGUCACCACCAUUGAAAGAUGGUGGAGCUCCUAUUACUGGUUAUAUUAUUGAAAAAAGAGAAAAAGGAAGUCCACGCUGGACCAAAUGUGCUGAAGUUAAAGGGCAAGAUUGCAAAGCUAGAGCAGAAGAUCUAGAUGAAGGAGUUGAAUAUGAAUUUCGAGUAAUUGCUGUUAAUAAUGCAGGACCUGGAGAACCUAGUUUACCCAGCCGACCAGUGAUACCUAAGCCAAGGAAAUUACCUCCAAAAAUAGAUCGUAAAAACUUAAAGAAUAUCACUGUUCAUGAAGGAGAACCAAUUAUGUUUUUGGUAAAAGUUCUUGGAGAACCUCCUCCAGACAUAGUUUGGUACCGUGGAAACAAAACUAUUUCCUCAAGCGGAUCAAGGCAAAUUGAAGUAACUCCAAAUAAUUCAAAGUUUGUAAUUCAAGCUACUGUAAGAAAAGACACAGGAGUUUACAAAAUUCAUGCUUCCAAUAGAUAUGGAGUGGAUGAUGCCGAAGUUGAAAUCAAUGUGAUAAGUAAACCAGGAAAACCUGAAGGCCCAUUAGAAGUAUCGGACAUUAAGAAAGAUGGUUGCACAUUGAAAUGGAAAAAACCUAAAGAUGAUGGAGGAGAGCCAAUAGAAGGAUACAUAGUAGAAAAAUUUGAUCCUGAAACAGGGGUGUGGUUACCUGUAGGUCAAUGUCAAGUUCCAGAAAUGGAAGUUACAGAUCUAACUCCUGGACAUGAAUAUAAAUUCCGUGUCAAAGCUGUGAAUAAAGAGGGAGAAUCAGAGCCUCUUGAAACAUAUUCCUCAAUCAUUGCUAAGGAUCCAUUUGUUGAACCAAGUGAACCUGGAACUCCAACACCGACAGAUUGGAAUCAAAAUCAAGUUGAUCUGAUUUGGGAAGAACCAAUAUCUGAUGGCGGUUCUCCAAUAACUGGUUACAUAAUUGAAAAGAAGGACAAGUAUAGUGGAAUUUGGGAAAAAGCCCUAGAAACAUCAACACCCACUCCACAAGCUUUGGUGACUGGAUUGGUUGAAGGAAAUGAAUACCAAUUUAGAGUUAUAGCUCUGAACAAAGCAGGUCAAAGUAAACCCAGUGAACCCAGCAAGACCUUCAUAGCUAAGCCAAGAUAUCUUGCUCCUAGAAUUGAUAGAAGGAAUUUAAAGGAUAUCACACUCUCUGCUGGCUCUUUGCUCAAAUUUGAUGCUAAUAUCAUUGGUGAACCUCCUCCAACAGUUGAGUGGAGAUGUUCUUUGAAUCCAAUAAGGAAUAGUAAGACUGUUACAAUUGAAAAUAUAGAUUACUAUACAAAGCUUACAAUAAGACCAGUAACAAGAAAUGAUUCUGGAGAAUAUGUUGUUACCGCUACGAAUAGCUCAGGAAAAGAUCAAGUUACUGUCCAAGUGGUAGUAACCGAUAAACCAUCACAGCCUCAGGGUCCAUUACAGGUAUCUGAUGUACAUAAAGAUGGGUGUCAUCUGAAAUGGAAGAGGCCAAAAGAUGAUGGUGGAACUCCUAUUGAAUAUUAUGCAGUUGAAAAAUAUGACCACAGUAAAGGAACAUGGGUCCCUUGUGGACGUUCAACUGAACCAAAUUUGGAUGUUACUGGUCUCACUCCUGGAAAUGAGUAUUCUUUUAGAGUUUUUGCUGUAAAUUCUGAAGGUGAAUCAGAGCCAUUAGAAACUGAUACAUCCAUUAUUGCUAAGAAUCCAUAUGAUGAGCCGAGUAAACCAGAAGAUUUGGAAGCAACAGAUUGGGAUAAAGAUCAUGUUGAUCUUAAAUGGAGUCCUCCAGUGAAAGAUGGAGGAUCACCAAUAACUGAGUACAUAAUUGAGAAAAAAGAUAAGUAUGGAAAUUGGGAAAAGGCCCUUGUUGUUCCUGCAUCUCAAACUUCCGCUACUGUGCCAGAUCUCACAGAAGGAGAAUCAUACCAGUUUCAAGUCAGAGCUGUUAAUGCUGCAGGGCCUGGUGAAGCUAGUGAUCCAACUCCUGUUAUCAUAACAAAACCAAGAAAUAUGGCUCCAAAAAUAGAUCGUUCAACAUUAGAUGAUAUAAUCUUAAAAGCUGGCCAGGCAUUUAAAUUUAAUGUAAAAGUAAGUGGUGAACCUAUGCCUACAACAUCCUGGCUUCAUGGUACACAGGAAAUAGUUUCAAGGGGCAAUGUUAAAGUUUCACACUUUGAUUAUGGCACUAAAAUUAGUGUUCGCAUGGCAAGUAGAAAAGAUUCAGGAAAAUAUAAAGUCAUUGCUGAAAAUAUUAAUGGGAAAGAUAUUGCUGAAGUUAAAGUCACAGUCCUAGACAAACCUGGUGCACCAAAUGGCCCUCUAAAAGUUUCAGAAGUUCAUUCUGAGGGAUGUAAACUGUCAUGGUUGCCACCAGAUGAUGAUGGGGGCUGUCCUAUUGAAAACUAUGUAGUGGAAAAACUUGAUGAAGCAACAGGACGUUGGGUUCCAGCUGGAGAAACCUCAGGCAGAGAGACUUCAUUGGAAGUUACAGGUCUUCAACCAAAGCAUAAAUACAAAUUCAGAGUCAGGGCAGUGAACAAACAAGGGAAAUCUGAGCCAUUAACCACACAGCAAGCAAUUGAAGCUAAGAAUCCAUUUGAUGAACCAAGUAAACCUGGUACACCCAUCAUAAAAGAUUAUGAUAAGAACUUUGUAGAACUUGAAUGGGAAAAACCUGAGUCAGAUGGAGGAUCCCCCAUUACCGGCUAUAUUAUUGAAAAGAAAGAAAAAUUUAGCAAUAACUGGGAACCUUGUGCUGAAGUAUCUGGGGAUAAAACUUCAGGAAUUGCACCAGGCUUGAUUGAAGGAAGUGAAUAUGAAUUCAGAAUAAGAGCUGUCAAUAAAGCAGGCGCAAGUGAACCAAGUAACCCUAGUCAAUCCAUUGUGGCAAGAGCCAAAAAUAUGGCACCUAAAAUUGACAGAAAUGCUAUGAUGGAUGUAAAAGUGAGAGCUGGACAAAAUAUUGAUUUUGAUGUACCAGUUUAUGGAGAACCUCCACCAUCUAAAGAAUGGACAAUAAAAGGAAAUCCAAUUAUUAGCAAUGAAAGAAUAAGAGUUAUUAAUGAAGACUAUAGAACUAAGUUGAAAAUUAUUGAUGCCAAACGCAGUGAUUCAGGUCCUUGCACUCUGUUUGUCAAGAAUAUAAAUGGCUCUGACACUGUUACAGUAAACAUUACUGUACUAGAUGUUCCACAGCCUCCAGAAGGACCUUUAAGCCCUUCGGAAAUCACCAAAAAUUCAUGUUUACUUCUAUGGAAACCCCCACGCGAUAAUGGUGGUUCAGAUAUUACACAUUAUAUCGUUGAAAAGAUGGACAGUGAUAGUCUUCGAUGGGUUCCUGUUGGUGACAGUUUUAGUACAAAAUUAAGAGUUGAACAUCUUAUAGAAGGACAUAAUUACAAUUUUCGAGUAAAGGCAGUAAAUAAAAUUGGUGAAUCAUUACCACUUACAGGACAGUCACCUAUAACUGCAAAAGAUCCUUACAAAAAACCUGAAAAGCCUGGAACUCCAGUAAUUAAAGAAUAUGGAAAGGAAUCAGCAACUAUACAAUGGACUCAUCCCAAAAAAGAUGGUGGUUCACCUAUUACUGAAUACAUAAUUGAAAAGAGACCUCUUUUUGGCAAUUGGGAAAAAGUGUGUGAAGUUCCUGGAAAGUCAACAGAAUGUGUAAUAGGUGGGUUAAAAGAUGGAGAAGCUUAUGAAUUCCGUGUAAUACCAGUUAACAAAGGUGGUGCUGGUGAACCUAGUGAUCCUGUUAUCAAACCAAAAUAUGUUGAACCUCAUAUUGACCCAUUAGCUAUGCAAGACAUUACAGUCAGGGUCGGUCAGCGAAUUAAUUUUACAAUCCCAUUUGAAGCAUCACCAAUACCUAAGGCUAAAUGGGCUGUCAACAAUAAAGAUAUAAACUUAGACAGUAGAAUUGAUAUAACUACAUCUUCCAAUGAGGCUGUUUUAGACAUUCCUUUUGCUGUGAGAUCUGAUACUGGUGCUUACAGCCUAACAUUGGUAAAUGAAUUGGGUUCUUGUAAAGCAUCUGCACAAGUUAAUGUUAUUGAUCGACCUUCAACACCUAAGGGUCCAUUAACUGUAUUUGACGUUUCUAAAGAAAAUGUACAUCUUUCAUGGAAGCCACCAGAUGAUGAUGGUGGUUCUCCAAUUUUACAUUACAUAAUUGAAAAGAUGGAUACCUCUCGAGGAACAUGGUCAGAUGCAGGAAUGUCUCCUGCCUUAAAUUUUGUUGUUGAAAGGUUGAUUCACAAAAAAGAAUACUAUUUUAGAGUAAGGGCUGUGAAUGCUGUAGGAGAAUCUGAUCCAUUGGCAACAUUAACUGGAAUAAUAGCACAAAAUGAAUAUGAUGAACCAGAAGCUCCAGAAAAACCAAAUAUUAUUGAUUGGGGAGAAAACUUUGUAGAGAUUGAAUGGACUGUACCAAAGUCUGAUGGCGGUUCACCUAUAUUAGAAUAUAUUGUGCAGAAAAAAGAGAAAGGAAGCCCAUAUUGGUCAAAUGCUGCCACUGUUUCUGGAAAAAUAACUAGUGCAAAUAUUGGUGAUUUGAUAAAGGGUCAUGAAUAUGAAUUUCGUGUAAUUGCUGUAAAUAAGGCUGGGCCAAGUUUGCCAAGUGAACCAACUGAAUCAAUAAUCACAAGACAAAGAUACUUGGCACCAAAGAUUAUAACUCCUUUGAAUGAUAUGGUUGUAAAAGCUGGCACCAUUUUGCACAUCGCUAUAGAUUUUGUUGGUGAGCCUGCUCCAGAAGCAGUAUGGACAAUUGGUAGUAAAGAAUUACUAACUGAUUCAAGGACAACUAUAUCAUGUAUUGGUUAUCAUACAAUAGUUCAUACGGUUAACUGUAAAAGAUCUGAUAGUGGGUUAUACCACUUGUUAUUAAGAAACAGCUCAGGGAUAGAUGAGGGUUCUAUGCAAGUAAAUGUUCUGGAUCGGCCUGGCCCACCAAGAGCUCCACUGGAAUAUGAAGACAUCACCUCGUCUAGCGUGACAUUAUCUUGGAAUCCUCCUGCAGACAAUGGUGGUAGUGAAAUAACAAAUUAUGUUAUUGAAAAAAGAGACUUGUCACAUGGAGGAGGUUGGGUACCUGCUUUGAGCAAUAUUAACCCAUCACAAAAUCAUGCUACUGUUCCAAGAUUGCUGGAAGGAACAACAUAUGAAUUCCGGGUAAUGGCUGAAAAUCUCCAGGGGCGCUCAGAACCAUUGGUGACUUCUAAACCUGUCAUUGCCAAAAAUCAAUUUGAUACACCUGGAAAACCUGGCAAACCUCAAGCUACAGACAUAAACAAAGACCAAAUAACAUUAAAAUGGACACCACCUAUAAGUAAUGGAGGAUCACCGAUCAUUGGAUACAAUGUAGAAAGAAGGGAAAGAAUGACAAGUAAAUGGGUCAAGCUUACAAAAGAUCCAGUUAAGACCACUGAAUUUGUCGACUCACAUGUACAUGAAAGCAAACAAUAUGAAUAUAGGGUAUGUGCAGUGAAUGCAGCUGGUGCUGGAAAGUUUAGUGAUAUCUCAGAUAUUUAUGAGGCUAAAUUGAUGAAAGAGAAACCUAAAUUCUAUCUAACAGAUUUAGUUGGUAAGAAAAUUAAAGUUAGAGCUGGAGAACCAAUAAAUAUUGUCAUUCCCAUGUCUGGUGCACCAACACCUACAGUUGAAUGGGUGAUUAAUGAAAAUAAGAUGCCACAGACAAACAGAAUAAUUGCAACUACUACAAAUACAGAAGCUAAGCUGCAUAUAAGUGAUUCGACACGUAAUGACUCUGGGAAAUACAUUGUUACUGCUAAAAAUGAAUAUGGCUCAGAUUCGGCUGAAAUUGAUGUAAUAGUAGUGAGCAAACCUGGACCACCUGGUGGUCCUCUCAUGUACCCUGAUGUAUCGCAUGAUAGUGUCUCAUUAUGUUGGCAUCAUCCAGAAGAUAAUGGUGGUAGUCCUAUCACAGGGUAUAUUAUUGAAAUGUCUGAUUUUGGUCUUGAUAAUUGGAAGCAAGUUCCCGGAUUCUGCCCAAAUACAUCUUUUACAGUGAAAGGUCUUCCCGAGGGAAAAAAAUAUGUUUUCCGAAUCAGAGCAGAAAAUAUGUAUGGAAUUUCUGAACCAUUAGAAGGAAAACCAGUACUUGUUAAAAGUCCUUUUGACCCUCCUGAUGCUCCAUCACAACCUGAAAUUGUUUCAUACAGUCCAAGUAGUUGCAAUCUUUCUUGGAACCCACCUACAAAUACUGGUGGUAGGCCAAUCACAGGUUAUUAUAUUGAAAAACGAGAGCGUGGUGGUGAUUGGAUAAAAGUCAACAAUUUCCCUACGCCUAACACCUUCUUUAUGGUACAAGGACUUCAUGAAGGACUACGAUAUGAAUUUAGGGUUAUUGCUGUGAAUGAAGCAGGUCCUGGAAAACCAAGUAGACCCACAGACCCAAUGAUUGCCAAAGAACAAAAACGCAUUCCUGAUCCACCAGAGCCCCCACUGGCUGAUAGAAUAACGAAAAAUAGUGUCACCUUAUCUUGGAGACCUCCGAGGAAUGAUGGUGGUUCUAAGAUAAGUGAAUAUAAAAUUCAGAAGAAGUCUAGAGGAGACAGUGAUUGGUCAGAAGCUGCUACUGUUGAUGCUCCUAAUUGUAUUCAUACUGUAAAUGAUCUCAUAGAGGGCCAUGAAUAUCAAUUCCGUAUAAUUGCUUUGAAUUCCGUUGGUCCCUCAAAUCCAAGUAGACCAAGUAUGAAUAUAGUUGUAGAGGAACAGCCAAAUAAACCAUCAAUGGAUCUUGGUGGUGUUAGAGAUAUUACUGUGAGAGCGGGAGAAGAUUUUUCAAUUCACAUUCCAUUUGUUGCAUUCCCUCAACCUACAGCAUCUUGGCUUGUUAAUGAUGCUGUAAUGACUGAUGAUGAAAGAAUACAUAAACAGUUAACUCCCAACUCUGCAAGCUUGAUUGUGAAAAAUGCUUUAAGAUCCGACACUGGACAAUAUCGUUUACAAUUGAAAAAUCAACAUGGUUUCGAUACAGCUACACUUAAUGUUAAAGUUCUUGAUCGUCCAUCGCCACCUCAAGAUUUAAGAGCAGAUGAAUUUGCUGGUGAUGCUUUAACAUUAUAUUGGAAUCCUCCUAAAGACAAUGGUGGUGUUGAAGUUUCAAAUUAUAUUAUUGAAAAGAAAGAAACUCAUUCUUCGACGUGGACAAAGGUCAGCAGUUUCUGCACAGUUCCAUUUUGUCGAAUAAGAAAUCUGAAAGUGGGAUUAGAUUAUGAUUUUCGAGUAAUGGCUGAAAAUUUAUAUGGUACUUCUGAACCAGCAGUCACGAGAGAUCCAAUAAAAGCUAGACAUCCUUUUGAUCCUCCUGCUGCUCCAGGAGUCCCAAGAUGUGUAGAGGCAGAUGAAGAAUCAAUUACUUUAACAUGGAUGAAACCUAGACAUGAUGGUGGUUCACCUAUUACAGGUUAUGUUAUUGAAAAGAGACUAAUUACAGAAGAUAAGUGGACAAAAGCAACUCAUGCCUUAGUUCCUAACACAACUCAUAGGGUUAUAAAUCUUAUAACUGAUCAUGAAUAUGAGUUCAGAGUUGCUGCAGUUAAUGCUGCAGGUCAAAGCCCAUGGAGUUCUUCUUCAGAUGGCAUUUGGUGCAGGAUACCUCCCUGUGCACCAAAAAUUACUAGUGACCUUAGUAUCAGAGAUAUGACAGUCAUUGCUGGAGAGGAAUUUACCAUCACUGUACCUUUCAUUGGUAAUCCCACCCCAAAACCUUUAUGGUUUAUUAAUAAUGAAGAAGUGAUAUCUGAUAGUAGAAUUAAGUUUGAAACAACUUCAACUGAGACAGUUUUUCGUAAUAAAUGUGCUAAGCGAUCAACAGAUUCAGGCUCUUAUACCAUACAACUUAUCAAUUCUGAAGGCUCAGAUUCAGCAAGUUGUCGAGUUAUAGUUGUUGACAAACCAUUACCCCCUCAAGGGCCAAUAGAGGUAUCAGACAUCACUCCAGAGACUUGCAGUCUAGCCUGGAGACCACCUGCAGAUGAUGGAGGCUCACCAAUUACCAAUUAUAUUGUUGAAAAAUUGGAAAGCUCCUCUGGAGUUUGGGUGAAAUUCAGCAGUUUUGUAAGAAAUUGUCAUUAUGACAUUUUUGGAUUAGAACCAAAUAAGAAAUAUUUAUUUAGAAUCCGUGCUGAAAAUCAGUAUGGUAUAUCUGAUCCUAUUGAAAUGGAUAAUCCAAUUACUGCAAAAUAUCCCUUUACUGUCCCUGAAGCACCUGGUACUCCUCAAAUACUGGACUGGGAAAACAAUAAUGUCACUCUAACUUGGAGUCGGCCAUUGUUUGAUGGUGGAGCAAAGAUUCAAGGAUAUAAAAUAGAAAUAAAGGACACCAGUGAUGAUGCACAAUGGAGAUCAAUUAAUGACUAUCUAGUCAAGGAUACUACUUAUACUAUUCAUAGUCUGGCUUUAGGACACACUUAUGAAUUCCGAGUAAGAGCUCAAAAUGCUGCUGGUCUUAGCAAACCUUCCCAUAAUUCAUCAGCUUUCUAUCUUAAAGGGAAGCUAAAAGUCCCUGCUAUGCCUGGUACUCCAUCUGUGAUAAAAGUUGGAAAGAACUAUGUAGAUCUUAAAUGGGAACCACCUACUUCAGAUGGCGGUUCUAGAAUCCUGGGAUACAUAAUUGAAAAAAGAGAAAUAGGAACAGCUGUUUGGGUUAAGUGUAAUGAUUAUAAUGUUGUUGAUACAUCUUUCACACCUCUUAAUCUCACUGAAAGAGCUGAUUACGAAUUCAGGGUGAUUGCUUAUAAUAGUGUUGGUAGAAGUGAGCCUAGUUCUUGUACCACUCCAGUAAGAAUAUGUGAAACUGAAGGAGGAGAGAAGCCUGAAUUCAUUCAACCACUAUAUAACCACAUUAUUCCAUUUGGAAAGACAUUUACUUUACAAUGCCAAGCUCAAGGAAAUCCUGUACCAGAAGCAAGAUGGUUAAAAAAUGGCUUAGAGAUUUUACUUGGUGCAAAGUAUAAAGCUGAAUCGACUAAUGGAGUAUUUAAACUUCAUUUCACAGAUGUUACAGAAAUAGAUGAAGGAAAUUUCACCUGUGAGGCAUAUAAUGUUGUUGGCCAUGCCAACACAACUUCGCAUAUUAGAGUUGGAAAUCCACCUCGUAUAGAUAGAAUGCCGAGUGCUUUAUACUUGCCUAAAGGUGAGAACAGUAAAAUAAAAGUUAUGUACUCUGGCGAUCAACCAAUGGAAGCUUUUCUGGAAAAGGAUAAGAAGCAAGUUAGUGCCAGUGAACAUAUCAAGUAUAUUGUUUUUGAUGAUUACGUUGUCAUUUUUAUACGAGAAGUUAAUAAUGAUGAUGCUGGAUCUUAUAGCCUUACAGUUAAAAAUGAAAGUGGUAGUGCAACUGGAAAUUGUCAAAUUUACAUAACAGGUAUUCCUGAUGCUCCUAUUGGUCCUUUGGAGGUUUCAGAAAUCACUAAACAUACUUGUACUUUAGCAUGGAAACCUCCAAACUAUGAUGGAGGUCUUCAUAUUUCACAUUAUGUUAUUGAAAGAAGAGAAGUUUGUAGUACUCAUUGGAUUUGCAUAUCAACUACCUGCAGAGAUACAACAUUCACAGUACAAGGGCUUACUGAAGGAAAUGAAUAUUUAUUCCGUGUAAUGGCUGUAAAUGAAAAUGGAAUGGGCCCACCUCUAGAAGGCGUUAAUGUAGUUAAGGCUAAAGCUCCAUUUGAUGUACCCUCAAGCCCCGGUACUCCUGUUGUUACUGAAGUUGGAGGAGACUUUGUUAACCUAAGUUGGGACAAACCUUCUUCUGAUGGUGGUUCAAGAAUUCAAGGAUAUUGGGUGGAUAAACGAGAAAUCAAGAGUGAUGCUUGGCAAAGGGUUAAUGUGGCAAUUUGUUUACCUACAACAAUAAAUAUCUCUAAUCUCAUUGAAGGUCGCCAAUACGAAUUUAGGGUAUUUGCACAGAAUGAAGCAGGUUUAAGUUUGCCAUCAACUGCUUCUAAUAGUGUUAAAAUAAAAGAUCCAAAAGCGGCUACUCCACCUGAAAUAGUCAAACCACUGAGAAAUGCUUAUGCAGCGCAAAACGGGAAUGCCCAGUUCCAGUGUAUAAUAACUGGUACUCCAAAACCAAUAAUAACCUGGUACAAGGGAGCUCACAAUAUCACACCUGGAGCAAGGCAUUUCAUUUUCUCAGAACAUGAUACUCAUACUCUUGUAAUAAAUAAUGUUUAUGGUGUUGAUGCAGAUGAGUAUGUGUGUCGUGCUGUUAAUAAAGGUGGUGUUAAGUCAACUAGAGCAGAACUUAUAAUUAAUUGUCCUCCAAAACUUAACGUGCCCCCAAGAUUCCAAAACUUGGCAUUUUUCAACAAGGGUGAAAAUGUGGUUAUUAAAAUCCCCUUUACUGGUUUUCCUAAACCUAAAAUCAGUUGGUAUAGAGGCUCAGAACUAAUUGAAUCUGGUGGCCAUUAUUCAGUUGAUAUUAAGGAGAGACAUGCAAUACUUACAAUCAGAGAUGGCAGUAAUAUUGACAAUGGUGCUUAUAGAAUUGUUGCUGAAAAUGAUCAAGGUGUUGAUUCAGCUACUAUCAACAUUCAGAUAAGUGAUGUUCCUGAUCCACCACGAUUUCCAUCAGCUUCAAAUAUUGGUGUUGAUUCACUGGCAUUGAGUUGGCAAGCUCCUAGUUGGGAUGGUGGUAGUCAUAUAACCAAUUACUUAGUUGAGAAAAGAGAAAAACCUAUGUCAAGCUGGAUUCGUGUUGGUCAUACCAGAUUCACAGCAAUAGCAGUAUCAGGACUAUCCCCAGGGCAUGAAUAUUCUUUUAGGGUUUAUGCAGAAAAUGUAUAUGGUCGCAGUUUACCUAGUGAAGAAUCAGAUAUAAUUAAAACAAAAGAUCUUGAUAGGAAAUUGCCUAAGAAAAAACAAUAUGAAGUUGAUGAAAAAGGAAAAAAAAUAAGAGGAAAAUGUGAGGAUACUAUAAAAGAUUAUGAUCAGUAUGUAUUUGAUAUUUAUUCAAAAUACAUCCCUCAGCCUGUUGAUAUUAAAACUGCUUCAGUUUAUGAUUCUUAUGACAUAUUGGAAGAAAUUGGAACAGGAGCAUUUGGAGUUGUGCAUAGGUGUAGAGAAAAAAAGACUGGGAAUGUUUUUGCUGCUAAAUUCAUUCCAGUAUCUCACCCUAUGGAAAAAGAAUUGAUUAGGAAAGAAAUUGACAUAAUGAACCAACUUCAUCAUCCUAAACUCAUUAAUUUGCAUGAUGCAUUUGAAGAUGAUGAUGAAAUGGUUCUUAUUUUUGAAUUUCUCUCUGGUGGAGAACUUUUUGAAAGGAUAACAACUGAAGGCUAUAUUAUGUCUGAAGCAGAAGUUAUAAAUUACAUGAGACAGAUAUGUGAGGCAAUCAAACAAAUGCAUGAAAAGAAUAUUAUUCACCUUGAUAUAAAACCGGAAAACAUUAUGUGCCAGACAAAACAUAGUACAAAUGUUAAGCUCAUAGACUUUGGAUUAGCUACAAAACUUGAUCCCAAUGAGGUAGUUAAAAUAUCUACUGGAACUGCUGAGUUUGCAGCUCCUGAAAUAGUUGAAAGGGAACCUGUUGGAUUUUAUACUGACAUGUGGGCAGUUGGUGUUUUAGCAUAUGUCUUAUUAAGUGGUUUAUCACCUUUUGCCGGAGAAAAUGAUAUUGAAACAUUGAAAAAUGUUAAAGCUUGUGAAUGGGACUUUGAUGAAGAUGCAUUUGCUAAUGUUUCAGAAGAAGGAAAAGAUUUUAUAAGGCGCCUUCUUAUUAAAAAUAAGGAAAAACGAAUGACUGCCCAUGAAUGUUUAUUGCACCCUUGGCUCGUUGGUGACCACAGUGAUAAAACAUCAAUUAUCAAUUCCUCUAGAUAUAUAGACAUACGUGAUCGUAUUAGAGCAAAAUAUGAAUUAUGGAAUACUUACCCAAUAGCACUAGGUCGACUUUCUGAGUAUAGUGCAUUGAGGAAAUUAUUGAUUGAUAAAUAUUGUAUAAGGGAUACAUCAUUUGACCGUCGACAAGCAGCACCAAGAUUCGUUAUAAAACCUCAAAGUGCUUUUGCAUAUGAAGGACAAAGUGUUAAGUUUUAUUGCCGUGUAAUAGCAAUAGCUGCUCCUACAAUUACUUGGUACCAUAACAAUCAAGAAUUAAAACAGAGCGUCAAAUUCAUGAAACGCUAUGGAAAUGAUGAUUAUCACUUUAUUAUAAAUAGAGUAAAAUUAGAUGACAGAGGAGAGUAUAUCAUUCGUGCAGAAAACCAUUAUGGAUAUAGAGAGGAAGUUGUAUUUUUGAAUGUUCAACCUAUACCUAAACAAAUCCCUACAUAUAGACCUGAAGCUCAACAGGUUAGAAGACGAGAACCACUUCCUUACACAUUCUGGCAAGAAGAAGUUGAAUCUGCUCCUAGUUUCACAUUCCUUUUACGUCCACGUGUUAUGCAGUCACGUCAAACAUGCAAACUUCUUUGCUGCCUGAGUGGCAAACCAUUCCCAACGGUGCGAUGGUUCAGGGGUAAUAAAGAACUUUCUCGCUAUGAAUAUACUAUGUCACAUACUGAUGGUGUUAUAACUCUAGAAAUAAUUGAUUGUAAACCUGAGGACUCUGGGAAAUAUAAAUGUGUAGCUACAAACAAACAUGGCACUGAUGAAACUAGUUGUGUUGUUAUCGUUGAAGGGAGUUCAUCAACAGCUGAACAAGAUGAGUUGGUUCAUAAUCUAAUGCAUUCUGGAGAACGGAAAUACAUUGAGCAGCCUUUACGCCCAUCGCCUGCUGUUAUUACAACAAGAACUUUAAUUGGUGGCAGUCCAAAACCUUCCCAGUCAUUGACACCACAGCCAAACUUG